CCAGCCCAUAGCAGCAGCCCAACCACGCGUUUCCUUGCUCUCCUUCCUCUUCCUUCUUCCGAGUUCCGACCAAGGGAAGACGGCGACCUAAAAACGCCGCCGCCGCCAUGGCCGAUGAGACCGACACCAGGCCCACGUCCGCCGGCUCCCGGGGCCGCUCCGUGCCGGACGACAACGACAGGGAGGAGGGCGAGAUCACCGACGACUCCUCCGCGCCCGCCCCGCCGCUCCACCCCGCCACGCACCCACUUGAGCACUCCUGGACCUUCUGGUUCGACAACCCGUUCGGAAAAUCCAAGCAGGCCGCAUGGGGGAGCUCCAUCCGACCCAUCCACACCUUCUCCACCGUCGAGGACUUUUGGGGCCUUUACAAUAAUAUUCACCACCCUAGCAAGUUGGCUGUGGGAGCGGACUUCCAUUGCUUCAAGAACAAGAUUGAACCUAAAUGGGAAGACCCUAUUUGUGCUAAUGGCGGUAAAUGGACCAUCAUCUGUGGCAAAGGAAAAUCUGACACACUGUGGCUGCACACUCUGUUGGCAAUGAUUGGUGAACAAUUCGAUUAUGGUGAUGAAAUUUGUGGAGCAGUCAUUAGCGUGCGUGGUAAGCAGGAAAGAAUAGCUAUCUGGACCAAAAAUGCUGCUAAUGAAGCUGCCCAGGUAAGCAUCGGGAAGCAGUGGAAGGAAUUUCUGGACUACAAGGACUCCAUUGGAUUCAUCGUCCAUGACGAUGCAAAGAAGAUGGACAAGGGUCCGAAGAACCGUUACACGGUAUGAUCCUGGAGCUGGAAUUCCCAGAGGAGCAGGAUCGGAUGAUCCCGAUGCACUAGAAUCUUGCUGUGAGAUGUUUAGGCAUGCAUAAUCUAACAUGUCGCAUCUAUAUUCCUGUACUGUACUCGAUAAGUAAGCCACUUCUUAGUGUUGUUUUGUCUCACUGCUGUGCUUUUACUAUGUACGCGUGAAACUGAGCUGUGGGAAUAAUGUACUGAAUAAUGAGCUUAAUUUGAUCUGGACUGCAUGCAGUGCAGUACGAAUGCUAGCAACCAAUGUUUGAUGAAA